AUGAGGGGCCAGGCCGCCGCCCCGGGCCCCAUCUGGAUCUUCGCUCCGCUCCUGCUGCUGCUGCUGCUGCUGGGGCGCAGGGCGCGCGCUGCCGCCGCCGGGGCGGACGCGGGCCCCGGGGCCGAGCCGUGCGCCACGCUGGUGCAGGGCAAGUUCUUCGGGUACUUCUCGGCGGCGGCCGUGUUCCCCGCCAACGCCUCGCGCUGCUCCUGGACCCUGCGCAACCCCGACCCCCGGCGCUACACGCUCUACAUGAAGGUGGCCAAGGCGCCCGCCCCGUGCGGCGGCCCGGGCCGUGUGCGCACCUACCAGUUCGACUCCUUCCUGGAGUCCACGCGCACCUACCUGGGCGUGGAGAGCUUCGACGAGGUGCUACGGCUCUGCGACGCCUCCGCGCCGCUCGCCUUCCUGCAGGCCAGCAAGCAGUUCCUGGAGAUGCAACGCCAGCAGCCGCCCCAGGAAGGCGACCUCGGGCCCCUGGGCGGGCCUUCGGGCUCCGGCGACGACUUCUCUGUGGAGUACCUGGUCGUGGGCAAUCGCAACCCCAGCCGAGCCGCCUGCCAGAUGCUGUGCCGCUGGCUGGACGCCUGUCUGGCGGGCAGCCGCAGCUCGCACCCCUGCGGCAUCAUGCAGACCCCCUGUGCCUGCCUGGGUGGUGACGCAGGAGACCCCGCCGCCAGCCCCCUGGUGCCCCGUGGGGACGUCUGCUUGCGGGACGGCGUGGCUGGUGGUCCCGAGAACUGCCUCACCAGCUUGACCCAGGACCGGAGUGGUCACGGUGUAGCAGGCGGCUGGAAGCUGUGGUCCCUGUGGGGCGAGUGCACGCGAGACUGCGGGGGAGGUCUACAGACACGCACCCGCACCUGCCUGCCAGCCCCAGGCGUGGAAGGCGGCGGCUGCGAGGGUGUCCUGGAGGAAGGCCGGCUGUGUAACCGCAAAGCCUGUGGCCCCGCUGGGCGCACCAGCUCGCGGAGCCAGUCCCUGCGGUCCACGGAUGCCCGGCGGCGCGAGGAGGUGGGGGACGAGCUGCAGCAGUUUGGGUUUCCGUCGCCCCAGACUGGUGACCCUGCGGCCGAGGAGUGGUCCCCGUGGAGCGUGUGCUCCAGCACGUGCGGCGAGGGCUGGCAGACUCGCACGCGCUUCUGCGUGUCGUCCUCCUACAGCACGCAGUGCAGCGGACCCCUGCGGGAGCAGCGGCUGUGCAACAACUCGGCGGUGUGCCCAGUGCAUGGUGCCUGGGAUGAGUGGUCACCCUGGAGCCUCUGCUCCAGCACCUGUGGCCGCGGUUUCCGGGACCGCACGCGCACCUGCAGGCCCCCUCAGUUUGGAGGCAACCCCUGUGAGGGUCCUGAGAAACAAACCAAGUUUUGCAACAUCGCCCUGUGCCCUGGCCGGGCAGUGGAUGGAAACUGGAAUGAGUGGUCCAGCUGGAGCGCCUGCUCCGCCAGCUGCUCCCAGGGCCGCCAGCAGCGCACACGGGAGUGCAAUGGGCCUUCGUACGGGGGCGCAGAGUGCCAGGGCCACUGGGUGGAGACGCGCGACUGCUUCCUGCAGCAGUGCCCAGUGGAUGGCAAGUGGCAGGCCUGGGCAUCAUGGGGCAGCUGCAGCGUCACGUGUGGCGGUGGCAGCCAGCGACGAGAGCGGAUUUGCUCCGGACCCUUUUUCGGGGGAGCAGCCUGCCAGGGCCCCCAGGAUGAGUUCCGGCAGUGUGGCACCCAGAGGUGUCCUGAGCCACAUGAGAUCUGUGACGAAGACAACUUUGGGACCAUAGUCUGGAAGGAGACCCCAGCUGGAGAAGUGGCUGCGGUUCGGUGUCCCCGCAAUGCCACAGGCCUUAUUCUACGAAGAUGUGAGCUGGACGAGGAAGGCAUCGCCUACUGGGAGCCCCCCACCUACAUUCGCUGUGUUUCCAUUGACUAUCGGAACAUCCAGAUGAUGACCCGCGAGCACCUGGCCAAGGCUCAGCGUGGGCUGCCGGGGGAGGGGGUCUCGGAGGUCAUCCAGACGCUGCUGGAGAUCUCACAGGAUGGCACCAGCUACAGCGGGGACCUGCUCUCCACCAUCGACGUCCUGAGAAACAUGACUGAGAUCUUCCGGAGGGCCUACUACAGCCCCACUCCUGGGGACGUGCAGAACUUUGUCCAGAUCAUCAGCAACCUGCUGGCCGAGGAGAACCGGGACAAGUGGGAGGAGGCGCAGCUGAUGGGCCCCAAUGCCAAGGAGCUCUUCAGGCUGGUGGAGGACUUUGUGGAUGUCAUUGGCUUCCGUAUGAAGGACUUGAGGGACGCGUACCAGGUGACAGACAAUCUGGUGCUCAGCAUCCACAAGCUCCCGGCCAGCGGGGCCACGGACAUCAGCUUCCCCAUGAAGGGCUGGCGUGCCACAGGGGACUGGGCCAAGGUGCCAGAAGACAGGGUCACCGUGUCCAAGAGUGUGUUCUCGACAGGGCUGGCAGAAGCUGAUGACUCCUCUGUGUUUGUGGUUGGCACCGUGCUCUACCGAAACCUGGGCAGCUUCCUGGCCCUGCAGAGGAACACGACAGUCCUGAACUCCAAGGUCAUCUCAGUGACCGUGAAGCCCCCGCCUCGCUCGCUGCUCACACCCUUGGAGAUCGAGUUUGCCCACAUGUACAACGGCACCACCAACCAGACCUGUAUCCUGUGGGACGAGUCAGAUGUACCCUCCUCCUCCGCCCCCCCGCAGCUCGGGCCCUGGUCGUGGCGCGGCUGCCGCACGGUGCCCCUCGACGCCCUCCGGACGCGCUGCCUGUGUGACCGGCUGUCCACCUUCGCCAUCUUAGCCCAGCUCAGCGCCGACGCGAACAUGGAUAAGGCGGCUGUGCCAUCUGUGACGCUCAUAGUGGGCUGCGGCGUGUCCUCGCUCACCCUGCUCAUGCUGGUCAUCAUUUACGUGUCCGUGUGGAGGUACAUCCGCUCAGAGCGAUCCGUCAUCCUCAUCAACUUCUGUCUGUCCAUCAUCUCCUCGAAUGCUCUCAUCCUCAUUGGACAGACCCAGACCCGCAACAAGGUGGUGUGCACUCUGGUGGCCGCCUUCCUGCACUUCUUCUUCCUGUCCUCCUUCUGCUGGGUGCUCACGGAGGCCUGGCAGUCCUACAUGGCGGUGACCGGCCGCCUCCGGAGCCGGCUGGUCCGCAAGCGCUUCCUUUGCCUGGGCUGGGGGCUCCCUGCACUGGUGGUGGCCAUUUCUGUGGGAUUCACCAAGGCCAAGGGGUACAGCACCAUGAACUAUUGCUGGCUCUCCCUGGAGGGGGGACUGCUGUACGCCUUCGUGGGACCGGCUGCUGCUGUCGUACUGGUGAACAUGGUGAUCGGGAUCCUGGUGUUCAACAAGCUGGUAUCCAAGGACGGCAUCACGGACAAGAAGCUGAAGGAGCGGGCAGGUCAGCUGCCCGUGCCCCCCCUCGGGCGCGCCCUCACGUGUGCUGAGUGCGAAGUCCUCUCUGCGGCCGACACCACCUCCGACGCCACCAGUAAUGCCAUGGCCUCCCUGUGGAGCUCCUGUGUGGUACUGCCGCUGCUGGCGCUCACCUGGAUGUCCGCCGUGCUUGCCGUCACCGACCGUCGCUCCGCCCUCUUCCAGAUACUCUUUGCCGUCUUCGACUCGCUGGAGGGUUUUGUCAUCGUGAUGGUGCACUGCAUUCUGCGCCGAGAGGUCCAGGAUGCUGUGAAGUGCCGUGUGGUGGACCGGCAGGAGGAGGGCAACGGGGACUCGGGGGGCUCCUUCCAGAAUGGCCACGCCCAGCUCAUGACUGACUUCGAGAAGGACGUGGACCUGGCCUGUAGAUCAGGUGAGCGCCUGACAGUGCUAAACAAGGACAUCACAGCCUGCCGCACAGCCACCAUCACGGGCACCCUGAAGCGGCCAUCGCUGCCCGAGGAGGAGAAGCUUAAGCUGGCCAAGGGCCCCCCUCCCACCUUCAACAGCCUGCCGGCCAAUGUGUCCAAGCUGCACCUGCACGGCUCACCCCGCUACCCUGGGGGGCCGCUGCCGGACUUCCCCAAGCACUCCCUGACCCUCAAGAAGGACAAGGCACCUAAGUCCUCCUUCAUUGGUGAUGGGGACAUCUUCAAGAAGCUGGACUCGGAGCUCAGCCGGGCCCAGGAGAAGGCUCUGGACACGAGCUACGUGAUCCUGCCCACCGCCACGGCCACGCUCCGGCCCAAGCCCAAGGAGGAGCCCAAGUACAGCAUCAACAUUGACCAGAUGCCCCAGACGCGCCUCAUCCACCUCAGCAUGGCGCCCGACGCCGGCUUCCCCACCCGCAGCCCACCCGCCCGCGAGCCCCCUGAGGCGCCCCCUGCCCAGCCCCCCCCGCCCCCACCCCCUCCACCCCCUCCGCCCCAGCAGCCCCUGCCCCCACCGCCCACCCUGGAGCCAGCACCCCCCAGCCUGGGGGACACAGGCGAGCCUGCCGCCCAGCCAGGACCCAGCUCGGGGGCUGGGCCCAAAACCGAGAAUGUUGCUACACUGUCCGUGAGCUCCUUGGAGCGGCGGAAAUCGCGGUAUGCAGAGCUGGACUUUGAGAAGAUCAUGCAUACGCGGAAGCGACACCAGGACAUGUUCCAAGACCUGAACCGGAAGCUGCAGCACGCAGCAGAGAAGGACAAGGAGGCGCCUGGUGCUGAGGGCAAGCCAGAAAAGCAGCAGACGCCCAACAAGCGGGCCUGGGAGAGCCUGCGCAAGCCACACGGGACCCCUGCCUGGGUGAGGAAGGAGCUGGAGCCACUGCCUCCGUCACCGCUGGAGCUGCGGAGCGUGGAGUGGGAGAAGGCCGGCGCCACCAUCCCGCUGGUGGGCCAGGACAUCAUCGACCUCCAGACCGAGGUCUGAGCGGGCGGGCGGCCCCGUGCCGGGCCUCGAGGAGGGAUGCUGCUCUGCCCGCUGCAGCCGCAGGACGGGCACAGACACGCUCGCAGCUGCGGGCCAGGCCCGGCCCGGGCCUCAGGGCGCUCGGAGGCGGCCAGGCAGAGGGCCCGCGGUGCUGGGACCAGAGCCAGACGCAGGACAGGAGGUGGCAUGGCCGAGCGGGCACAGGGCUCCAGAGGCCAGAAGGUGCCUCAGACUCUGACCUCCUCGGGCGAGCCCCGGCAGUAGGCGGGCGGGCAGGCAGGUGGCUGUGGACAUGGACAGGCCUGGUGCGGUCAGCGUCCCCAGGAUGCCUGCGUCAGCCUCGCCUGCAGAGGACUGCCUGUGGCCCGCCAGCCUGGCUCCGUUUUUUAGACACCCCCACCCCUUGGGAAGCAGCCAGACCCCCUACUCUCUUCCAGGGUCCUGGGCCCCUUCCAGGCCCAGGCGGAGAGCGCAGCCCUGACCCCAGGCGCUAGGGGCAGGACUAAGGCCACUCCAGGAAGAAGUAGGGUGGGGAAUCUAUUUUUUCUCUCCUUUUCUUUUCUUCAAUAAAAAGAAUUAAAAAC